UAGAGGCAUAUGCAAGAAGGAACAAACAAACCAUAAACUAAUGAACGAACGUUGAAAUCAGAAAUGCACAAUAUCAUCGCCGUCAACGGUGCAGCACCGUCGUUAUGAUUGCGAGAGGGAAGAGGAGGAGGAGUCGUAAUGUUGUUCCAACGACAACACCAUAUUUUUAAUUUUUAUGCUACGCUUCGCCACUGUCUGCACGGACUGCCAAGCCGCUCGCAACUCCGUCUCUGUUAUCAGGCAUGCGACGCGUUGUUAUUGUGCGUGCGUGACCGAUCGCGUCCAUUUACCCCGUGUGUGUCUCUAGACGCGAUAUCAUCAACAUAUUAUCCACUGACCACCACACACUCGCACACACUCACGCGCCCGCGCAUACGAGUCUUGAGAACAUUUUUUUUUUUCGUUACRAGAGAGAUAUAAUAUAUUUUUUUUGCUAAAAAUUUAAAGAAAACCAUGAGCAUUACCGUUGCGGUGAACGCGACCGACGGUGCGAACGGUCCGCAAGCGGCCGUCUGUCAAUCCGCGGCCCAACAUAACAAUUGUGCCGAAUACAACGGCGGCGUCGACGGCGACAACGGCAUCGGCAUCGACGGCGGCGGAAUCGGCAUCGGCGUCGAUGACGACGACACGGUUGUUUUUGACCACGAAAACAAGGAACGACAGCACGAACAGCUUGAAAAAGAUUGUAGAAACCUCUUAAAUCAAAAAGACAAAGAAUGUUGUUAUAACUUCCGCGAUUUCAUUAGAAACAAAGAAUCAAAUGAAGAAAAUGAAGUGCAAAAAUGGGAAACAAAAUGGAAUUCUCUUAUGUCUUACAUUCGUACUGUGUAUCGAAUGGCUAUGGAUGGUGUUGAAGUUGAACGCUAUCCACCCCAUAAUAUUUUUAAAGAAGCCGCUUACGAGUCUAAAAGCUGCGAUUCUUAUCAUGUAUUUCAAAAUGUCGAAAACCUUGUUAUGGAAUUUGUAUUAGAAGCAAGGUCUAGACAAGUACAAAUACUUGAAAAUAAAAAUAAAGAAACACCAGAAAUGCCUCAAGUUUUUGUGUUUUGUUUAUUGGACAGCUAUCGAAGAUUAAUGGCUGCUACCGAUCAUUUAAAAGAUGUUAUUAAACCAAUUGAAGAAUAUCAUCUUUCAAAAUUUAAUUUAUCGUGGCGAAUGAUGAACCAAUAUUUAUAUCAUAGUCGGCUUUAUGCUGAUAGAACGAUAUAUCAUCUUGUAACUACAUUUAUAGAACAAAUUUUAUCAAUACCAAUGUUGUCAAAGUCUUUAUUGAGUGCAAGUUUAAUUCAUGAUUACACAAAAUUUGUAAAGGAGGUAAAACUUAAUAUUUCAGAAUGGGCUGAAGCAAGGACAUGUAUUCAUAACAUCAAAUGUAAUGAAGUAUGGGCUAUGGGUGCAAAAAAAUAUAAAGAAACUAUGUUAAAAGAAGAUAAUGGUAUGUUUUCCUCACUGCCUCCAAAUGAUGAUUUGGUAUUAGAUCUUACCAUCCCAACUCCACCUCAAUCACCAGCUCCUGAGUAUCAGGAAAGAGUAAAUAAUGAUAAUUGCGAAGAUAUAGAUGAUGAUGGUGUUUCUAAUUAUUGUGAUUGCAUACAUACUGUGGAGACUCGAAAAAAUUCUUCUGUAGAUUUUGAACACUGUGUGCAGAAUGGAAAAUGUACAAAUUUACAAGAAACCGAAGAAAUUAAUUCAAUUACUUUUUCAUACUCUAAUAUGAAAGAAAAAAUGUUAUGUUUUUAUAGUGGCGAAACAUUUAUUGAUGAAGAUGAAAAGCCAGYGACAACAGUAAAUAUUACUAAAAAUCUAGGGAAAAAGGUACUCAAUUCAGAUGCUCAAAUYAAAUCAAAACCUGUGGUUAAUAUAAAAUGUCCGUCAACCAUUGACCGAAAUGUAACUUGUAAAGUUGAAAUAGAACAGUUACCUAAAAGACGAUACCCGUAUCCACAUGUAAGUAAACCCACAGAACCAACAGCUAAACCAAAUAACCGUCCAGUGCAUGGUCAUUCAUGUCAUAAACAUACUGAACAUGUAAAACGUAUGCAUCAUCACGAUGAAACAUCAGAAUGUAGUUCAGGCCGUUCAAGUCAAGAUGAUAGUUGCUCUGAACGUUCUUCUUCAAGUCCAAGGCAGUGUGACUGUUGUUAUUGUGAAGUUUUUGGGCAUGGAGUUCCUUCUGUUGCGCCUGUUAGUCGCAAUUAUCAAGAAAUGAGRGAUCGGUUAAGAAAUCUUUAUYUGUUAAAAAAAGCCAAACAAACUAAUGAAACUAUAAAACAAAAACAAAAAGAACCAAAUGUACAUAGACCACUUCCUGUUCAUCCGCCUAAAAAUCUUCCUCAAUCAGUAACCGAUAAAACUGAAUGGAGUGGUGCAGCAAGUAAACGUCAUAGACGCCGUAAGAAAAUCAAUGAUGGAAGUUUAGAUGACACAAACUCAGAAAAUAUUCAACCAGGUUUUACAAUUACUAACAAAUCAUCUACAAGAGAUCCAUGUAGUGCAGAAGGUAAGACCAUCGCUGGACAAAUACCAACUAACACACCACGAACUAUGCCGUUGCCAGUAAUUAUUCAAAGGCAUGGCGGUAUGGUUACUAUAAGAAAUCCACUGUACCAGCGCAAUGAUGAUGCCAUUCUGAUUGAAAAUAAAGACUUACAAGUUAACGGUGGCGACGACGACAACGCUAAUCCAUCUGGUAAGCGAAGACGUCGUCGCCGUCGGGUUAAGGGCGGCUCCAAACAGACGGAUGUUGAGGAAAGCGUGUUCGAGCCAAAAGACAUAGACCCGGAGGAUGGGGAAAUGGAUGAUGAUGAACGAGAAUUAGAAGAAUUUAAGCGGUUUUGCUUGCAGUCAGUACCUCCACAGCGCAAAGAAAAGGUACACUUGAACAUCAAGGACAUAGUUUUGAAGAAAAAGAGUACCGCCGCGGCAGCAGCUGCUGCAGUUGGGUGUGUGUAACAUACCAUUUUUUCAAUCCUUUCAAAUACGCUGUGUUCUUUAGAUCCCUCAUUAUUUUUCAUAUUCAACUGUAAAUCUUGCAGUAUUUCAUUCUCUCUUUUGAAAACCCUACUUUUCCUUUUUUUAUAUGUCUGACGUGAUUCGUAUUUUAAGUUAAAUUUACAAUUUAAGUAAUUUUUAGACUCAGACUUAACUUAUAAGUAUUUUUUUUUAAUGUUACUGUGCAUGAUAUAAUUUGUGCUCUAUCAGUGAAUGUUUCAAACAAAUUGAUGUAGAACCAAAACCAUUGAGCACAUUUAAAAUGAUUGUAUAAUAUUAUAAUAAAUGGUAUUUGAAUAUUUAUGUAUAUACAUAU